AUGCAUUUGUCUCUGGAUUCUAUAAACAUGGCGGACGACGGCUACCUCUCGUCAGACAACUACCACGACCUGGGCAAAGGAGGCGGAGCAGCGAUGGGCGGGCGGUUGCACAGCAUUGACGUCAUUCUUGGCUUCAGUAAGGAACAGGACCCUCUGCUUACCCCUAUGGGACCUGCUGGGGCACGUAAAGGUGAUAGAGAUGUCCUGGCAGAACAGGGGAAACAAGUGACUUCUGACCCUUACGCUCACCUGCCCAGCAUUUCUGAAAAUUCCCAUCAAGCUGCCUAUCAUGAUACAGGACUCUUUUCAAACGAUGAAUGUGAAGCCGAGGUUGGGGAGCUUCACCAUCGUGAUGUGGAGAGUGACAGCAGGUCUCCUGAACCUCUAGAGGAGGACCAACCCAAGAAGAAACACCGUCGCAACCGGACUACCUUCACCACUUACCAACUGCACGAGCUGGAACGAGCUUUUGAGAAAUCCCACUACCCUGAUGUAUACAGUCGAGAAGAGCUGGCCAUGAAGGUCAAUCUCCCAGAAGUACGAGUGCAGGUCUGGUUCCAGAAUCGACGUGCAAAAUGGCGGCGCCAGGAGAAGAUGGACACCGGUAGCAUGAAGCUCCAUGACUCACCUAUGCUGUCCUUCAACCGGCCUCCCAUGCCCUCAAAUGUGGGGCCAAUGACCAACUCCUUGCCCUUAGACUCCUGGUUAUCUUCACCUCUCUCCAGUGCCACUCCCAUGCACAGCAUCCCGGGAUUCAUGGGUCAAUCCCAAACUCUCCAGCCGACAUACCCGAGCCACCCAGGCUACCUUAACACAACUCCAGGCAUAGUGCAAGGAAUGCAACCCAUGCCUCCUCCACCAUACCAGUGUCCACCAGCCUUCAAUGACAAGUAUCCUCUGGAGGACAUGGACCGCAGCUCCAGCAUUGCAGCUCUGAGAAUGAAGGCCAAGGAACAUAUUCAGUCCAUGGACAAAACUUGGCAACCGAUGUGA